AUGGACUACGACCUCCGGAGCCUGCUCUUCGAGGGCGUCUACACCGCCCGCGGCGCCCGCGCCCGCCGCCUGGCCAACCAGCAGAGCCCCGUGUCCGGCCUCAACUUCACGUGGCCGGCGAAGAAGGUGGUGGCCAUGGACGGCGACAUCAUCCUGGGUGGCCUCAUGAUGGUGCACGAGCGCCACAACGACCUUGUCUGCGGCCCCAUCAUGCCCCAGGGCGGCGUGCAGGCGCUCGAGGCCAUGCUCUACACGCUGGACUUCAUCAACGACCAGGAGGACUUCAUCCCCGGCGUCAGGCUCGGCGCGCACAUCCUCGACGACUGCGACAAGGACACUUACGGCCUCGAGCAAGCCGUCGACUUCAUCAAAGGUUCCAUCAGCAACAUAGACGACGGGGAGUACAAAUGCCGAGACGGGUCAUCGCCUGAGGUCAGAAACAAGGUCAUCUCAGGGGUCGUGGGCGCCGCUUCGUCUGUGACCUCCAUCCAGGUGGCCAAUCUCCUUAGACUUUUCAAGAUCCCGCAGGUGAGCUUCUUCUCGACCUCCCCCGAGCUGAGCAACAAACAGCGAUUUGAGUAUUUCUUCCGCACGAUUCCCUCCGACCACUACCAAGUAAAGGCCAUGGUUGAGAUCGUCAAGAAGCUGGGAUGGUCUUAUAUCUCGAUCAUCUACGAGGAAUCCAACUACGGCAUAAAGGCCUUCGAGGAGCUCGAGGACCUCCUUGCAGCCAACGCCAUCUGCAUCGCCGUCAAGGAGAAGCUCGUGAAGGACUCGGGCGUGGCGGAGGAAGUCGCCUACGACCUGAUUGUGCAGCGCCUCCUUCAGAAGCAGCGCGCCCGGGGCGUCAUCAUCUUCGGCUCGGACCAGGAAGUGGCCGGGGUCAUGAGAGCCGUCAGGAGGAACAACGCCACAGGAAGCUUCUCAUGGAUCGGGUCCGACGGCUGGUCCGCGCGCUCUCUCGUGUCCUCGGGUAACGAGCCCGAGGUCGAAGGAACCCUCUCUGUGCAGCCCCAGGCCAACCCCGUGCGAGGCUUCGACGAAUACUUCCUGGCGCUGACGGUGGAGAGGAACAAGAGGAACCCCUGGUUUGUCGAGUACUGGGAGCACCAAUUCCGAUGCAGAUAUCCCAAUGCCUCACGAACGCCUUACAACGACGCCUACAAUAAACCGUGCACGGGGAGGGAGAGGCUCACUGCGCAGAAUACGGAAUUCGAGGCCCAACUGCAGUUCGUUUCUGACGCCGUCAUGGCCUUCGGUUACGCCUUCAGGGAUAUGCAUAAGGACCUGUGUGGUGGGCAGUGGGGCCUAUGUGCUGAGAUGACUCCCGUCGAUGGUGAACAGCUACUGAAUUACCUGAGGAAGGUGGCUUUCCUAGGACUUAGUAAAGAUGACUUUAAGUUCGACAGCCAGGGUGAUGGUCCUGCUCGCUACAACAUUAUCCAUUUCAAGCAGACCAGCAAGUUUCGCUACAGCUGGGUCACCGUCGGUCAUUAUGUUGAAGGGGAGCUUAUGCUGAAUAUGUCAGCCCUUCAGUUCAAGUUGGAGGAGCCGUCGCCCCCCGCCAGCGUGUGCUCCCUGCCCUGCCUCACGGGUCAGGCCAAGAAGUACGUGGAGGGCGAGUCGUGCUGCUGGCAUUGCUUCAACUGCUCCACCUACCAGAUAGUGAACCCUUAUGACGAGACGCAGUGCCUCACGUGUGACUGGGGGACACUGCCCUCGCCCGACCACCUCAGGUGUAACCCCAUACCCGAGGUGUACAUCCAGACGGACUCCUGGUGGGUGAUCGGGGCCAUGCUCUUCUCCUCCCUGGGCGUGGUGCUCACGGGCGUGGUGGUGUGGGUGUUCGUGAGCCACAACGACACGCCCGUGGUGAGGGCGUCUGGGCGGGAGCUGUCGUAUGUGUUGUUGUCUGGAGUCUUCCUGUGUUACGCCGUUACGUUUGUUUUCGUUCUUAAGCCUACAGCGGUGGUGUGCGGAUGCCAACGGUUUGGCCUUGGCUUCUGCUUCGCCGUCGUGUAUAGCGCCUUGCUCACCAAGACCAACCGAAUCUCCAGGAUCUUCAACGCAGGGAAACGAACAGCCAAGAGACCUUCCUUCAUUACGCCUAAAUCGCAGCUGUGUAUCUGUUUUUGUCUCGUGUUUGUUCAGGUGAUGAUCACAGCGGUGUGGGGCGUCGUGAGUCCCCCCCGGGCGAUACACCAUUAUUUAGUGAGGGAGGACAACUUCCUCGUGUGCGCGGCUUCAAUCAACGCGUCUUAUAUGAUCGCUUUUGCUUAUCCUAUAGGACUGAUUGUAGUGUGCACGGUAUACGCAGUUCUCACCCGCAAGAUCCCCGAGGCGUUUAACGAAAGUAAACACAUCGGCUUCACCAUGUACACUACUUGUAUCAUCUGGCUUGCCUUUGUGCCCAUCUACUUCUCCACGGCUAAUAAUGUCGAGCUGCGCAUCACAACCACCUCGGUCACCAUCUCCCUCUCGGCGACGGUGGCCCUCGUGUGUCUGUUCACGCCCAAGCUCUACAUCAUCCUCCUGCACCCGGAGAGGAACGUCCGUCAGAGCAUGAUGCCGGCAGCCAAGUACUCCGCCAUCAAGACGAACCUUUCUACGUCCUCGCAGAGAGUCGACUCCUGUACGCAGAGUGAAGUCAUCUUCCCCGUGGACUACGAGCUCCACGAGAAGCUGCGGACGAUGGGCUGCGGACCGUCGCCGAGGACGAGCAGCGCGACGCAGACGUGCGGCGCCCCCUGCAGCCCCCCCGAGCACCGGUGCGCCGCCGCCGCCUCCCUCACGCUCAAACCGCUCACUAAUGCUUCCAACGGGCCGCUGCAGGAUGUCCCCGACGUGCAACUGUAG